AUGGCGGCGUCACCUCAGGAAGAUGACGGCAAGACCUGUUGGGCUGGGUUCUAUCGCGAGCCGGGGCACAUGGUGAUGGAGCAGACUCCGCGCCCGACCCUUGAGGGCUGCAUGCCCGGAACCGUGCUCCUUGAAGCACUCUACACCACCAUUUGUGGCUCUGACAUGCUGUACAUCAACCAGCCCCGUGAAAUUGAUCACUGCGCGGGCGCCUCAAUUCACGAAGCCAUUGCUCGCAUCGUUGACUUGGUGCCCACCGACGAGCCCGAGCUUGACAACCCCUUUGGCCUGACCACGGACCAAAUCGUCUUGGCGCUGCCUUCAAACUAUCUCCACUCUGGCAUUUUCCGGGAUGUGCCCCCAGAGCGCGCUCAAGCGCUCCGCGAAGGUGUAAAGUGUACUGGUGGCAUGUCCCAAUAUUUCAUUGGCCACGCAAGUCACUGCUACCCCAUCCCAUCAAAGGACAAAUGGGGCCCCGGCGUGGAGCUGCAUCAUCUCACGGCUGCCCAGCCCUUGGGUACCAUCCUCUGGAUGGGUCGCCAGCUUCCCAACCUCUUGCACAAGACGGUGCUGGUUCUGGGCCAAGGUCAAAACGGUCAACUGGCAACGCAUUUGAUGGCGUCGAUGGGAGCGCGUCGCAUCAUUGCCGCCGACGUGCUACCUGAGCGGUUGGCCAUCUCCACACAUAUGGGCGCCACAGACAUUGUCCAGAUUGAUCCCGAGGACUCGGCCAAGGCCGUGGCCGAGGUGCAGCGACUCACGUCUGGCGCAGGUGCCGAUGUGGUGCUCGAGAUGGUGGGUCACCAGGACUCCACCAUCAAUCUCUGCAUUGAGAUGGUGGCACCGAGUGGCCUCAUUAUGGCUUUUGGUGUGCCGGGCAACUCCUUGUAUGGCAGUUUCGCCUUUGCUACCCUUUUUCGCAAGAAUGCCAAGCUGCAAGGAUCUGUUUUCCCGUGUGCUCACGAAGACUUUCCCUUUGCGGUCGAGCUGCUGGCACAAGGCCGCAUCAAGGCUGGACCCAUCUUCAACACGGAUCCCUUCUCCUUGGAGCAUGCUCCCGAUGCAUUCUCCAAGAGCUUGUACGCCAAGCACACGGUGAUGAAGGUCAUUAUUGAAAUGCAACGGGAUAUGCCGGCCGCCAUCGCUGCGGGCCACUUUGGGGUGGGUUCAGUCUGA